UCCUGCCCGCCUGUGUGACUGACUGCCCAACGAGAAAUGUUGGCAAAACACCCCCUCCUCAUCGUGUAGGGAGAGAAAAUAUGGCGGACAAGCGCUAAAUCCACAUCAGAAACAAACACACACGUUACAAAGCAAGACGGAAACACGCAGGGACCGGGCCGCUUUCAUUUGGACGCCACCCCCCCUUGGCGGAGGAAAAAGGCGCACUUCCAUUGAAGAGGAAAUCAUCCGGGGAGGAGAAACACUGCGAAACGGUUAUGAAGUUUUAAGAGUGGAGGCCACUGUUGUGUUGUGAGCUUGGUCAGUAUUAUUGGAGCAUGAGGAAACCUGUGCCACAGAAAGCUUUAGAGUGGAAAGAUGCCAGAAGGAUCAAGCAUGCCCGGAGUGGACGGCCCUCCCGGGUGCCCUCACAGUACCAAGGGCAUUUUAGUUGGGACAAAUACCUUAAAGAGACAGGGGCCUCGAGCGCUCCCUCUUCUUGCUUCAGACAGAGCCUCACACCUCCACUCAACGAGUUCAAGGCCGGGAUGAAGCUGGAGGCCCAGGACCCCCGAAACACCACGUCCACUUGCAUCGCCACAGUGGUGGGCCUGACGGGCUCGCGGCUGCGGCUGCGCCUCGACGGGUCGGACAACAAGAACGACUUCUGGCGCCUCGUGGACUCCUCAGAGAUCCAGCCAAUCGGCAACUGUGAAAAGAGCGGAGGCAUGCUGCAGCCCCCGCUUGGUUUCCGUCUCAAUGCGUCCUCUUGGCCCAUGUUCCUUUUGAAAACACUAAAUGGAGCUGAGAUGGCGCCCUCGCGCAUCUUUCACAAGCAGGAGCCUCCCGCCCCGGAGCAGAACUCCUUCCAGGUGGGCAUGAAGCUGGAGGCGGUUGACCGCAAAAAUCCCCACUUCAUCUGCCCGGCGACAGCUGGUGCGCUGCGUGGUGUGGAGGUGCUGGUCACCUUCGAUGGUUGGCGGGGAGCCUUCGAUUACUACUGCCGCUACGACUCGAGGGACAUCUUCCCCGUGGGCUGGUGCGCCCUCACAGGGGACAACCUGCAGUCGCCUGGAACCAAAGGAUAG